AGCAUUUAUACCGUGUCAGUUAUCGCACAAGGCAGCGUUUGGAAAGACAACCCCUUAAUCUUCAGUAGUCAUCUGACCCUCUAUUGUUAACCGAGGAUCCCCCGACUGAAGUCGAAUGCAUCCCGGAAACGUUCGCACGUAGUCACGAAACGAAAUGAACCUCUCCGGACCUGCUCUCGUCGCCGGGACCGGCCUCUUCUGCUCAGGUCUAGCUGCAGGCCUAACCUUGUCGUACCCAGCGAUAAUCAACAAGCUCUUCCAACCCCCCUCUUCCGGCCCCAUCGCCCAAAGACUCGCCAUCUGGAACAAGGGUUACGAAGCUGGGAAAGCUUCUAUCCCUCUGACAGCUAUCGGAGCUGCUGUUUCCUAUCUCGUCGGGGCAUACAAGUUCCCCCUCGUAGGAGAGUUGUCUCAACAGGCGGCGAUCGGGGCGGGAGUGCUGCAUUUGGGCAUUAUACCUUUCACAUUGCUAUUCAUCAAGCCCGUCAACGACAUCCUCAUCGCCCACCGCGAACGCACCGAAUCCAAGUCCUCCGAAAAGGGGUCAUCCACUCCAAAUUCCGGUACCGAAGUCAAAAUCAACCGUUUGUUGGACCGAUGGGUAUUCUUGCACAAUUGUCGGGUCGUCAUGACAUGUGCGGCGUUUGCGGUAGGGCUUGGUAAUGUGCUUGGGGUUUUUGUUUGAGGCCGCAUAGUGCCUGGAGUAGGGGAUCAGGCGAUGGAGGCCGGCGAUGAAGGAUAUGUUCGAUGUUUGCGAAGAUGUAUGGACGUGAUGUUGUAAUGAUAUUAUUGUAUAUUGUGGUGCAUUUGCCCAUUCAAA